AUGUUACACACGCACAAUACCGGACAAUACACAUUACCAGUCCCAAGACGUGGUUUAAUAAGUCCAGCAUUGUAUUUGGCUUGGUUGGAAAUGAUGAGUUCUGAUUUGCCACCAACUUUGCUUCUUAGAGGAAAUCAACAAUCUGUGCUAACAUUUUAUUCAUAA